GGGGCGCGCCCAAGGGGUCAUGGGGCACGACUGGAAAGCCGCCCAUGACAUUGAUUAUGAUGUUACAAGAUCAUGGCACAAUUUGACCCAUUGCACUGAGGUCUUAUAGCCUCUAUCAUGUUAAAUGGGAACUUACAGAACUUGCCUCUUGAUUGAUUUGAUGCAUGCUUAAUUAUCAGUAAUCGGAUUGAUUUAGCAAGAAUAGUUAGCUACAGCCUUGAACAGAAAGCUUAUAUUUAUAACUACUAGAUCUAGCGACUAAUCUUGGGCAUUAUGACCAUAUUUUUCUUUUACUUUAUACUGUUUUUUUCUGUUUUUUGAUGGUAUAUUUGAUGCUCAUCAUAGGUUACCUCCAUGGAGCCUUUAGUAUGACAUGUCUUAGAUGUUGUAGGCCUAUACUAGAAAAUUUGUUUUCCAAGCUUCUCUAUUUUAUCAUAUAGAUUUCUUCAAGCAUGCCUAAAUAACCUUGAUUACCGUCAAAUAUAAUGUGCUAAAGCACUCCAUUUUCUAAAAAAAAUAGGGUUCAAAUAAAAUGACCCCUCUAUUACAUACUAAAGAUUAUUUCUUGUUGGAUAUUUUCAAGGAAAAAGAAGAAACAAAAUCUAAAGAGUGUCAGGGCGUUUUUGUCGUUUUUAUUUUAAUCCAUGUACUACUAAUACCCAUAUUUUUUUCCACAUUCUACUCCGCAUAAAAUAAUGCUUAUAUUCCCGCGUAACUUAUGCAGAAAAAAAGAAAAAAAAACAGCCAAAAUGUAUGUAAUUGUACGGAAUUAGUGUGGUGAUUAUCUUUUAUUCCACCAACCAAACAGGCUCUUAAGUUAUUGUCAUUAGUGAAAAAGUUUAAAUACUUCUACAACAACUAGGCAAACAGCAAUCUCAAGUCUGUUUUUCUUGAAUACUGCCACAUCUUUGCUGAAGUGUUGUAGCUUGGAAAUUAAAUAGAGUCCAUGCAAUAUGUGAUAUUGCAGAAGCACGGUAAACUAAUUCUUGAAAGAGAAUGCAGCUUUUAAAUUGGAUUGACGAAUUAAUAGAUAUAGCCUAUUGGGAUCAUGCCUCUCUAUCUGCAUUAGGUAGGGGUAAGGUCUGCGUACAGACUACCCUCCCCAGACCCCACAUAUUGGAUCAAACUGGGUUUGUUGUUGUUGUUGUUGUUGUAACCUAUUGGGAUCAUACUGGGUUUGUUGUUGUUGUUGUUGUGUAAGCAUAAACACUGAAUUGCAGUGAUAACGGGCUAAACAACUUUGAGUCAUCGUCAACCUACAAGUCUACAAAGGCUACUUAUAUUUGAAAUGGUUGUCAAAGUACAUUUCUUCAGAGAUUGUCUUUCAAUCUAGUGUGCUCCCUACUUUACACUAUCUCAAAUUCAAUGAUAUUGAUACUUUAAGGGGUUCUGCAAUUGCUUGCUAGAUGUUGCUAACCUUUUAGAUUCAUCUUUGAUAAUGCUUAUCUGGAAGCCUUUAGCUUGCAUCUGCCAGUCAAUGUGAUCUUACUUUUGCCAGGCCAUCGAGAUAUCUAGUAAUGAGUACGAACCUUCAGAAAAUGACAUUUUAUAUGCUGAAGGGGUGGCUCCUUGCAAUGGACUUGCUUCUCUUGAAUUCUCAUUCGAUGAUCACAGCCCUAUGUCUGAGAUCUAUGACGAGGACUUAGAAAGCGAACCUCCUUGGACCAAGUAUCAAUUGAUCCGUAUCAGUUCCAAGGGAGUCCAUGAUAGUGGCAAAUGGCUUGAAAUGUUUGAAGAUGUCAAAGUGGUAGUCUUUUGUGUGGCCUUGAGUGACUAUGACCUGGCAUGGACCCAAGGUGAUGGUACCUCAGAAAAUAAAAUGUUGGCAAGCAGAGAUGUAUUUGAGAGUUUAGUUAGACAUACUAGUUUUGAGGAAGCCUCUUUUGUGCUCCUCCUAAAUAAAUAUGAUAUCUUUGAAAACAAAAUCAACCAAGUUCCUUUGACAGUCUGUGAUUGGUUUCAUGACUUUAGACCUUUGAGACAGAGACAAAACAAUCAAGCCUUGGCAAAUCAAGCAUAUUAUUAUGUUGCUGUUAAGUUCAAGCAGCUCUAUGCUUCAAUCACUGGCAAAAAACUAUUUGUUUGGCCGACUAGGGCUCUUCAAAGUACAUCUGUUGAUGAAGCAUUUAGGUAUGUACGAGAAGUAGUAAUGUGGAACGAAGAGAAGGAAAAGAUGUAUUGCAUCGCUGAGGACGAUUCAUUCUCCAGUACGGAAACUGAUUUUACUCCUUGAAUGCAGCCAGCUAGAAUUAUUUUGCUCUGUGUGUAGGCGGAGUGAGAUAUCAGCUCCCAACUUGGUGUGCAAAAGCUCCGUUAAGUAGUGGAGGACACAAGGACUUUUAGAGGUGUUCCUGUCUUGUAGAUCUGCAGCCCUUGUGUCUUUUUAGUGGCUAAACACCAUCAUUCACAAAUUACUUAUUGGAAGUGAGAAUAGCAUUUGUUUAACGAUUGAGACAUUCAUUGAUUUCAUGGCUGAAAAGAUCUGGCAGACUCAAUGAGGCAGUUUGUAACUGAAAUGAAUGAUGUUUUGAUCUUAUAGCUUGUAAAAAUGUAGAGCAGGCGUUGGACUCUCUUUUAUUGUAAAUGUCAGAGCUAUUUGAGUUCUAAUGAAGAGUGCCUAUCUCCCAUUUGUGUU